GGUCAAGCCAAUUAUUGAGUAAGCCACAGCAGCAUACGAGUGGACAUAGACGCGGAAACAGCUAGACAAGGAGAACAAAAAGGAGAUAAAAUAUCUGAAGCUCCGAUCCGACAAAGCCCCGGAAUCGAAUUGUAAGAAUGGGAAAGAAGGCGGUGCUGAUCGGAUGCAAUUACCCAGGAACUAAGGCCGAGCUCAGAGGAUGCAUCAACGACGUUAAACGGAUGCAUCAGUGUCUGAUCGACCGAUUCGGAUUCUCCGAGGACGACAUCAGCAUCCUGAUAGAUACCGAUGAUUCCUACCCCCAACCCACCGGCAAGAAUAUCCGCUCCGCCCUUGCCCGUCUCGUCAGAUCCGCCGAACCAGGUGAUUUUCUCUUUGUCCAUUACAGUGGCCACGGCACCCGCCUCCCUGCUGAGACCGGCGAGGACGACGACACCGGCUACGACGAAUGCAUCGUUCCCUCUGAUAUGAACCUCAUCACCGAUGAUGAUUUCAGGGAGUUGGUAGAUCAGGUUCCGGCGGGAUGCCGAUUAACGAUUGUAUCGGAUUCUUGCCACAGCGGUGGUCUUAUAGAUGAUGCAGAGGAACAAAUAGGAGAAAGCACUAACUCCAAGAGCCAAGCAGAAGGAAGCAACUCCCGAUUUGGUUUCAGGAGCUUUCUUCAUCAAACUGUUGAGGAUGCUUUCGAGUCACGUGGGAUUCACAUUCCCUCGGCAUUCCAACGCCGUCGCCAAGAUCAUUCAUCGACGGAGGACGAUGUGCAAGACAGAGAGAUUGAACUUUCAUAUGGUGAGCGAGUCAAUGUGAAAAGCAGAUCGUUACCCCUUUCCACGCUUAUAGACAUUCUUAAGCAAAAAACUGGUAAGGAUGAUAUUGAUGUGGGGAAAUUGAGGCCGACCCUUUUCGAUGUUUUUGGAGAUGAUGCGAGCCCCAAGGUGAAGAAGUUUAUGCAGGUGAUCAUGAACAAACUCCAGGGCGGUGGUGGUGGAAAUGGAGAGUCUGGUGGAGGAUUCUUGGGAAUGGUUGGGAGUUUGGCUCAAGAAUUCCUCAAGCAAAAGUUGGAUGAGAAGGAUGAAGAUUAUGUUAAGCCCGCAAUGAAUACUGAACUUGGCAGCAAAACUGAGGCGUAUGCUGGGCCAUCCAAGCGCGCACUUCCAGAUGGUGGGAUACUCAUCAGUGGCUGCCAGACUGACCAAACAUCUGCUGAUGCUACUCCUUCUGGCAACGCCGACGCCGCAUAUGGGGCUCUUAGCAAUGCAAUUCAGACCAUACUGAGAGAAUCUGAUGGUUCAGUUACCAACGAGGAUCUUGUUACGACGGCUAGGAAGAUGCUGAAAAAGCAAGGCUUCACUCAGAAACCUGGGCUCUACUGCAGUGAUCAUCAUGUUGAUGCUCCCUUCGUGUGCUGAUUUUGCUUAAUUACUUGUGUUCGUGUGUGCUUUCUGGAACUGGAAAUUGCCUUUACAAAUCACUUUUGGGUAUUGGCGUGAUCGUGUUGCUAUGUUUUCCUUUUGAAUCAUUUUGGUUUGCGUUAUACACUUAAUAAAAGCUUGAACCUUACAUUAUCAAUGAAUGAAUAUCUGUGUGGGACAA